GGCCAGCGAAGCUCCCCUGGGCGCUCCGGGACCCGGCAAUGGGCUGCGGUUCAGGGCGGCCGCCCGCCGGGAAGCUUGGCUCGGGGGCUGGCCGCUAGCAGCGCCGCAACCCGGGCUCCCGGGCCGGCAUGAGGACGGUCGCGGGGCGACGAACGCGGCCCGUGGGGCCGUAGCCUGCGUUGUAUCGGGGACAAAGUGUUAACAGAAGCCAUGCAGUGACAUCCGCUAAGACUUUUUGAUAGCCAUGUCGGAGCCCCACAGGGUCCAGUUCACCUCUCUCCCAGGUUCUCUGAAUCCUGUGUUUUUGAAGAAGUCCCGGAAAGAGGAGGUUGGGGGAGCAGAGCAGCAUCAGGACUCUGAGCCCGCUGCAGCAGCUGUGCGGAUUACACUCACCCUCUUCGAGCCAGAUCAUAAACGUUGUCCAGAAUUCUUCUACCCAGAGCUUGUGAAGAACAUACGAGGGAAAGUAAAAGGCCUUCAACCUGGAGACAAGAAGAAAGAUCUCUCGGAUCCUUUUAAUGAUGAAGAAAAGGAAAAGCAUAAAGUGGAGGCCCUUGCCCGGAAAUUUGAAGAAAAAUAUGGUGGAAAGAAACGUAGAAAAGACCGAAUACAGGACUUAAUUGAUAUGGGGUAUGGUUAUGAUGAAUCCGAUUCCUUCAUCGAUAACUCUGAGGCGUAUGAUGAGCUCGUUCCUGCUUCUUUGACUACAAAGUAUGGAGGAUUUUAUAUUAACUCUGGAACCCUGCAGUUUAGGCAAGCAUCAGAAUCUGAGGAUGACUUUAUUAAAGAAAAGAAGAAAAAAUCUCCAAAGAAGCGGAAGUUGAAGGAAGGUGGUGAGAAGAUAAAGAAGAAGAAAAAAGAUGACACUUAUGACAAGGAGAAGAAAUCGAAAAAAUCCAAAUUUUCCAAAGCUGGCUUCACAGCCCUCAAUGCCAGUAAGGAAAAGAAAAAAAAGAAAUAUUCUGGGGCUUUGAGCGUUAAAGAGAUGCUAAAGAAAUUUCAGAAGGAGAAAGAGGCUCAGAGAAAGAGGGACGAAGAGCAUAAACCUGUAGCAGUUUCAUCAGCUGAAGCUCAGGGCCUACGGGAAUUGGAGGGUACCUCUGACCCCUUGCUGUCUCUCUUUGGCUCCACUUCUGACAAUGACUUGCUCCAGGCGGCUACUGCCAUGGACUCGCUGACUGAUUUGGACUUGGAGCAUCUGCUCAGUGAGUCUCCAGAAGGAAGCCCUUUCCGUGAUAUGGAUGAUGAAAGCGAUUCCCUUGGGGUGGGACUGGACCAGGAAUUCAGGCAGCCCUCUUCCCUCCCUGAAGGCCUGCCUACGCCCCUGGAGAAGCGCAUUAAGGAGCUGGCUCAGGCUGCCAGAGCUGCUGAAGGAGAGAGCAGACAGAAGUUCUUCACCCAGGAUAUUAAUGGAAUCCUCUUAGACAUAGAGGUGCAAACUCGGGAGCUGAGUAGCCAGGUCCGUUCUGGGGUGUAUGCCUAUCUUGCUUCAUUCCUGCCCUGCAGCAAGGACACCCUUGUCAAACGUGCUCGAAAACUUCACCUCUAUGAACAGGGGGGGCGUCUGAAGGAGCCUCUCCAGAAGCUCAAAGAAGCCAUUGGCAGGGCAAUGCCAGAGCAGAUGGCCAAGUACCAGGAUGAAUGCCAGGCACACACACAGGCCAAGGUUGCUAAGAUGCUGGAAGAGGAGAAAGACAAGGAGCAGAGAGAACGAGAACGGAUUUGUUCUGAUGAGGAAGAAGAUGAAGAAAAGGGGGGCAGGAGGAUAAUGGGACCCCGGAAGAAAUUUCAGUGGAAUGAUGAAAUCAGGGAGCUGCUCUGCCACGUGGUGAAGAUAAAACUGGAGAGCUAUGAUCUGGAGAGGAACAACAAGGCCCAUUCCUGGGAGGACUAUGUGAAGGUGUUUCUGGAUGCUGAGGUCAGACCUCUCUGGCCCAAAGGCUGGAUGCAGGCCAGGAAUCGAACCUGCACCUUGGUUUAUGGGGACAACACUCUAACCUACAGAGCUACCUGGCCAGGGAUUUGGGAUUUUUUGACUAUAGUCAUCCUAAUGGGUAUGAGGACUCUGUUUAAGGAGAGCAGAAGGGGCCAUGGGCACCUGACAUCAAUCCUGGCCAAGAAGAAAGUAAUAGCUCCUUCUAAAAUCAAGGUGAAGGAAUCAUCUGCUAAGCCUGAUAAAAAGGUUUCCAUCCCAUCAGGCCAGAUUGGCAGCCCUCUGGCUUUGUCCUCAGAACACCCGGGAGGAGGCCUAAGCACUGGAGCUGCAAACAGGGAGCUGCCAUCCCAGGCACUGGGCAACCUUGUGAAUCCUGCUUCUGUCAGCCUGGAAGACUCAUUGGAUGGAGACAUGAUCCAUAGUUCAGCCUCCUCCUUGGAGGCCGUGUCCAAGGAACUGACUGUGCUGAACAGCAGAGCAAGUGGGAGCUCCGAGUUCACACUGCCUACAGCCUCGAAAGCACCUGCAGAGAAAGUUACAGGGGUUUUAUCUACAGAAGAAAAAAGGAACUUCCCGAAGGCUAGCCCUUCUGCCCCACCACCUUCUAGCUCACUGCAGUCACCCCUCAACUUUUUGGCUGAACAGGCUCUGGCACUGGGGCAGUCCUCUCAGGAGAAAAAACCAGAGAGUUCUGGCUACAAAGAGCUUUCCUGUCAGGCUUCCCUGAGCAAGGGCCUGCCAGAAGGGCAUCAGUCCAAAGCAAAACACCAUGGUUUGCCACGGACGUCUCAUGCACCCCAGGCAGCAGCUCCUGUUCCUGGCCCCCAAGUAAGAGUCUUUCAUGCUGGCACUCAGCAGCAAAAGAGUUUCACACCCCCAGCUCCAUUUGUCAGUAAGCUCCAGGGCCCCAAACCUUCUUCUCCACAAUGUCAUCGUUCCCUUCUCCAGCUCGUGAAGACAGCAGCCAAAGGCCAGAGCUUCCAUUCCUCCACACCAGCCUCAUCAGGAGGCACAUCAGCCUCCAGCAGCAGUUCUCAUAAGGCCCCAACCUUGUCCUCUGCUGCCCUGAGCCAUCCAGCAAAACAGCACUCAGCCAGCUCUUCAGGGCCAUCUUACAAGAAUAGCCCCUUUGCCGGCUCUGUCUCUAAACACGGGAUUUCUUCUGGCACUUCUUCCUCUGGAGGAACACCAGUCCAGAGCUCCACUUCUGGGAAUCUGCUCCCCAGUGCACAGCCUCCCUCCACAGGACAGCCUGCCAGCCGACCUGUCCCAGGCUCUGCAGUGAAAAAGACACCUGUUUCCCAGAAGCUGACUCUGGUGGCCCCUCCCGGUGGUCCCAAUGGAGAUUCUAGUGGUGGGACUCAGGGAGUGGCCAAGUUACUGACCUCCUCCCUGAAGCCCAGUGCAGCUAGCAGCGUGACAUCUUCUACCUCCUUGCCAAAAGGAACGAGUGGGACUGUGCUGCUGACCAGCUCGUCGCCCCUAAACCUGCUCUCCUCAUCCUACAAGACAGGCAGCCCAAAGCUGCCUGGGGCUGUGAACUCGAACUCCCUGGGGAUCAUCUCCCCGUUUCCUCUCCAUAUGCUUUCCUUCAGCACUGACUCCUCUGCCAAAGCAGGGGUCUCUAAGGAUGCCAUUGUCACAGGCCCUGCCCCUGGGACGUUUCAUCAUGGCCUCAGCCACGGUCUCCUGGCUGGUUUGCAUUCCAGCCCGCCCCACGCAGCACCUCUCCCUCACGCUGCCGUGUCCACCCACGUCCCGCAGAGUCUGCCAGAUGCUUCUCAGCUUCAUGGGAAAGGGCCCAGUGUUCCACGGAAAUUGUGACCUCUUCAGAGGAAUAAGCUCUGAAAGGCUGAAAGCUGAAAUAGUAGGUCUCUGAAACUGGAUAAUCAGUGUGCUCUUUCUGCCGAUUGGCUUUCUUCUGGAGAAGGCGUGAGUGCUAAGUGGAACGUCUCUUGGCAGCACUUGUGACGUGCCUUCAGUUAGGGAAGCAGCAUCGUGCUUCUCCAGAGGUACUGACUGGCCUGGUGAUCCAGGCCUCGUGGCUUUGUUGUGGACAAUCGUUGGAGGGGCAGCUCUAGGUCGGGGAGUGUCCUGGGUCAUGUAUGGAGCUCUGGUGGCAGGACUGGGCAGUUGGCAUGCCUGUGUUGUAAAUCUGCCCAAUUCCCUGGCAUUGGUCAGAGUACCUCAUGGCACCCUACUGGUCAGGGACUCCUUUUGGCCACACUAGGAUCCGUGGAUAUCGUGUUGUCCAUCCCAUCCUCAGGCUGUGUGCUCAGUGGACAAAAAACCAAGCUAAUGCCACAGCUGGGAGACUUACUUUGUCUCUUUGAAAAUUACUCAGAACACCUAGUGUGUGCUCAUUGUGGGGGCCAGUUUAUCCUCUAAACGUGACAGUGAUGCUCUUUCAGAGAAAAGAUCUUUGUAAGAUCCAACAAUUGUGAUAGGAUUUUUAAAGAUACUUAUUUUUAGCUCAGUUUUCAUCAUUACCAUUAAAUGCAUUGGAUAGAAUGGGACUGUUCUUCGCACGUCAUAUUUUCGCAUGUCAUAUGGAAGACAUAAUUCCAGUGCCUUUAUGGUGGAGCAGAAUUAGACACAUGUACACUUGGCCCUCUGAGUGGAUCUCAGAUGAAGACCUUUUUAAAAGAUGACUGUACUUAAGACAUAGCCAGUUUAUUUGAGGUUUUUAUUAUUGCUCAUCAUAGUCUGUGCCGUCCUGACUUAAAGGUCACCUGGGACUCCAAAUCCUAGGUCCCAGUUCAGCCAGGGCCCCUGUUUGUUUUUUCCAGUGUUCAUCAGGUGGGCUGCAGAGCCCCAAAGGUGUCCUUUAUCUCUUCGAGGUUGAGGAUAUGAGGGGUUCCAAGUUACAGACAGACAUUCCAGUUUAUUUUAUUUAAAAAUCAUUCUCAGGCAGAGCUGCAGGUAUGGGCUUUUGUGAAGCAUCUGCCGUAUAGACAGGCCUUGAAGUCCUAGGGCUCUCCAGGCAGUGGGACCAUGCCUGACUUAAGGGUGAUGCACCAUUGAAUUGGAGAGUGUGUCAGAGACAGAUGAAGACAACUCUGGAGCUCCCAAGUCAUUAUGGUGUUCCCAUUUAACCAUUGGCUGCUUCACCAGGAGUUUUAGGGCAUUUGCCUGUCCUGUGAAGUCUGUGCCGUAAAGCAAGUCUGAACUGACUGCUCCAGCUAGGUGAUUUCAAAUAUUUUGAGAGUAAAUAGCCUCCUCAGAAUGCAUAGCUGUGUAGAGACACAGGCAGCUCUUUUAGUUCCUGACACCCAGGGUCCCAUGCUCAAUGCUUCACGCUGAGGUUUGCCUGGUGUCUGGGGAGCAAGGCCUCUGCUCUGACUUACUAUGUAAGAACCAACACGUUUCACAUGGGGCUACUUGGGUUCCUUAUCCCUUUAUUAUAUAUACUUUUUGCAACUUGGAUUUCCAGUUUGUUUACAGGAUAGUCUUAGGAAGUAGCAAAAGAGCCAAAGAAGAGAUUUGUAUUGCUGAGCUCAGAGCAGUGCAGAGACCACCCCUGAGCUCCUUUUCUGCCCGAGACACGGGGUUCCCCCCUGCAGUGCCCCCUCUUCCCCACAUACCAUUGAGUGUGCAGCUGGAGCAGAAUACCCUCAUUUGUAGGAAUCUAGUGAUGCCUCUUGCCUCAGGGAAAUGUUUCUUUGAUGGGGAGAUUUCUUUUUCUUGUUUAUGCUUUAUUUGUGGUAAUGAAAGAGUGAAUGAUUUAGCCAUGGCAAGGCAGAUCUACAGGCAGAGCGGGCUCCGGGCCUGGAGGCUGCGGUGCUGCAGGGCUUUCCUUGGUGCAGCCGUUUCUUAGGUGUGAAAGGGGCUGUGGCUUUGGUGCAGCCACUGGGUUGGUGUUACGAGGUGGUGUGGAAAUUGUUAAUCUUGUAUAAAGCAACUUAAUAAAUUGUUUCAAAGUUUCCAAUA